UAAAGAGAUAACGAAACUCAGAACACUCAGAGUGCUGUUCUCUCUCUCUCUCUCUCUCUCUCUCUCUCGAUCAGUGUGAGUGAGUGCAGGAAAAUGGAUCAGUUCAGCUGUCCAGUGUGUCUCGAUCUCCUGAAGGAUCCAGUGACUCUCCAUUGUGGACAUUGUUUCUGUAAGGUGUGUAUUAAUGGCUGCUGGGAUCAGGAGGAUGUGAAGGGUGUCUACAGCUGCCCCCAGUGUAGAGAGACUUUCACUCCAAGGCCUGUUCUACGCCGGAAAAACAUGCUGGCUGAAGUGAUGGAGAAACUCAAGAAGAAGAAGAAACCCCAAGCUGCUUCUACUGCUCACUGUUACACUGGACCAGGAGAUGUGAAGUGCGAUUCCUGCACUGGAAUAAACCGCAAAGCUCUCAAGACCUGUCUGGUGUGUCUGGCCUCCUACUGUGAAGAUCAUCUUCAACCUCACUAUCAGUCUCCUGCCUUUAAGAAGCACAAGUUGGUUGAAGCCUGUGCAGAGCUCCAAGAGAAGAUCUGCUCUGAGCACGACAAACUGAUGGAGAUCUACUGUCGUACUGACCAAAGCUUCAUCUGUUAUCUGUGUACGAUGGAUCAACACAGAGGCCAUGAUACUGUUGCAGCUAAAGCAGAAAGAACUGAAAAACAGAAUGAGCUAAAAGAGGAGCAGAUGAAAUCCCAGCAGAGGAUCCAGGAGAAGCAGAAGAAGGUGCAGGAGCUGAAACAGACUGUGGACACUAUUAAGAAGCGUUCACAGGCAGCAGUAGAUGACACUGAGAGGAUCUUUACUGAGCUGAUCAGCUCCAUGGAGAAAAAGCGCUCGGAGGUGAAGAAGCUGAUCAGAGCUCAGGAGGAAGCUGAACUGAGUCGAGCUGAACGACUCCUGAAGCAACUGGAGCAGGAGAUUGCUGAUCAUAAGAGGAGAGUCACUGAGCUGGAGCAGCUUUCACACACACACGAUCACAUCCACUUCCUCCAGAGUUUCCCGUCUCUCUGUGUUUCUCCUGGAUGUGAGGACUCACCCAGCAUCACUGUCAAUCAACAUCUCUCAUUUGAUGGAGUGAGGAAAUCUCUCUCAGAUCUGAAAAAACAAGUCGAGGAAAUCUGUGAGAAGGAAUUCAACAAAAUCCAUCCACAAGCUGCAGCAGUUCCGGUGAUUUUACCCUCAGAACCAAAAAGGAGAGAAGAUUUUCUGAAGUUUUUCUGUUAUCUGACUCUGGAUCCAAACACAGUACAUCAUGAACUCAUUCUCUCUGAGGAGAACAGAGCGGUGACAUGCAGUAAGACAAAACAACAAUACUCUGAUCAUCCAGAGAGAUUUGAUUACUGGUGUCAGGUGUUGUGUAAGGAGAGUGUGUGUGGACGCUGUUACUGGGAGGUGGAGUGGAGCGGUGAUGUGUCCAUAUCAGUCUCAUAUAAAGUGAUCAGCAGGAAAGGAGGGGGUGACGAGUUGUUUGGCUACAACAGUCAGUCCUGGAGUCUGGUGUGUUUUUUGUCCUCUGUCUCUUUCUGUCACAGUGACAUUGAGACUGAGCUUCAAGGUCCAGCGUCCUCCAGAAUAGGAGUGUAUGUGGAUCACAGUGCAGGAACUCUGUCCUUCUACAGCGUCUCUGACACGAUGAGGCUCCUCCACAGAGUCCACACCACAUUCACUCAGCCUCUAUACACUGGGUUCUGUAUAGGUUCUUAUGACUCGACUGUGAGAUUACGUAAUCCAAUAUGAAAUGUUAGUAAUAGCUUCAGUGGUAAUAUUUUGUACAGAAACAGUAAUGAAUGUAACAGUAAUGCAUUAUUAUUAUUAUUAUUAUUUACAAAAUUAAAUUCAGUAGGAUGUCAGUGCUGUAUGAGCUGACUGCUUUUGACCAGACUUAUAAAAUAUUAAGUAAUUUUUUUAACUCUGAUGAAUGUAUGUUUACAUGAUGUUUUUAUGUUAAUAAAUCUCAUUAAUGCACAAAAUGUCCAAUAUGAAGCUUGUAAAAAUGUCUUAUAGAAUUCUGGGCUUUUUUAAGAAAUAAUAAAACUUACUCGAAC